AUGGCAGCAGGGGCCCGGAUCCUGACUCUCCUGGCCCUCCUCGCCCCAGCAGCUGCAGACUUCAACAUCUCAGACCUUUCUGGUGUGCUGUCCCCUGUGCUAACAGAGAGCCUGCUGGUGGCCUUGCCCCCCUGUCACCUCACGGGGGGCAAUGCCACGCUGAUGGUCCGCCGAGCCAAUGACAGCAAAGUGGUGAAGUCCAGCUUUGUGGUGCCGCCGUGCCGCGGCCGCAGGGAGCUGGUGAGCGUGGUGGACAGUGGGGCCGGCUUCACAGUCACCCGGCUCAGUGCCUACCAGGUGACGAGCCUCGUGCCAGGAACCAAAUACUACAUCUCCUACCUAGUGAGGAAGGGGGCAGCCACGGAAUCCAGCAGAGAGACCCCAAUGACCACGCUUCCUCGAAGGAAGAUGGAGUCCAUUGGGUUGGGGAUGGCCCGGACAGGGGGCAUGGUGGUCAUCACAGUGCUGCUCUCCGUCGCCAUGUUCCUGCUGGUUGUGGGCUUCAUCAUCGCCCUGGCCCUGGGUGCCCAGAAGUGA